CACGAAUUGAAGACGGAAUACCCCAAAGCUGUGGAAAAAUGAACUCUUUGGUUUGACUGGAAUACCCAACGGAUCUCAAGAGGCUCCUGUGCGUCUUCAGGAUGUUCAGGCGAGGUGGAGGUGUGGCGCUGCUGCUGGUGCUGUGUGGUCUGGAGGCGUCUCUGUCGUGCCCGCACCACUGCAUCUGCUACACCUCGCCCAUCAGCACCGUCAGCUGCCAGGCGCACAACUUCCUGUCGGUGCCCGAGGGCAUCCCGGAGCGCAGCGAGCGCGUCUUCCUGCAGAACAACCGCAUCGAGCGCCUGCUGCGCGGCCACUUCAGCCCCGCCACCGCCAUGCUGUGGCUCUACUCCAACAACAUCUCCUACAUCCAGCCCUCCACCUUCGCCGGCUUCACCCGCCUGGAGGAGCUGGAUCUGGGGGACAACCCGCGGCUGCGCUCCCUGGCCGCCGACACCUUCCAGGGGCUGGGGCGCCUCCACGCGCUGCACCUCUACCACUGCGGACUCAUCCACCUGCCCGCUGGCAUCUUCCAGGGCCUGCACAGCAUGCAGUACCUACACCUGCAGGAUAAUGAACUAGAGUUCCUGGAGGACGACCUGUUUGUGGACCUGCUGAACCUGAGCCACCUCUUCCUGCACGGGAACCGCCUGUGGAGCCUGCACCAGAACACGUUCCGCGGCCUCGGUUCCCUGGACCGCCUGCUGCUCCACCAGAACCGGCUCCAGUGGGUGGACCGGCUGGCCUUCCACGACCUGCGGCGCCUCACCACGCUCUACCUGUUCAACAACUCGCUGACCGAGCUGCCCGCCGAGAGCCUGGCGCUGCUGCCCGCGCUGGAGUACCUGCGGGUCAACGCCAACCCCUGGGAGUGCGACUGCAAGGCGCUGCCGCUCUGGGAUUGGCUGCAGCGCUUCCGGGGCUCCUCCUCCGACGCCCUGUGCGUGGCUCCGGCCGAGCUGGAGGGUCGCGACCUCAAGCGGCUGCGCAAGGACGAGCUGCCGCGGUGCGCCGCGGGGGGGGCCGAGUCGCUCAGCCAGGGGAAGGGGGGCGCGGGAGCGAACCCCCACCUGCCCCACCAGGACCAGCACGCGCCCCCAAACUCCCCCAAACUCGCCAAAGCAGGCCGCCAGCGGAACUGCACCCGCCGCGGAGGAGGAGGAGGGGGCGGGGGUCGCAAGGGCAAGGGUCAGAACGAAGUGACCUCCGCCAAGGAGGCGGGGGCAAAGGGGUACGACCCGGACGAGAGAGGGGGGCAGGAGGGGGGCAAGUACGACCCGUCCACCCCGCGGUCAGGAGGUGUCCCCGCGCGCAGGAAGCACCGGUGCCGCCCGCAGACUUCCGUGGGGCCGCCCAGCGGCGUGCAGCAGCCCAGCAGCGCCGGGGUCAGAGGUCACGGAGCGGCCGGCGUGGCGCUGACCGCCCUGAGCCUGGCGCUCUCCUACUGGGCCGUGGUGUUGCGCUGA